CAUGACAACCUAAAUGUUUGCAGAAAUUAAAUUAAUGCAUCAUACCAAUUUCAAGUACUGCAUUGUAAGAUUGAAAUCUAUAUUAAUUUCAGGGCCCACAAGAAAACUCGCAGCAUUGUUGAGAGGCAUCGGGCAGCUGAAUUUUCACAUGCUACACAGUGAGAUCCGAGUUGGUCCUCCAUCCAAGGUCUGCCAAAUUGUAGAGGUUUGUGCACUGCUGCACAACAUCUGCAAAGCAAGAAAUAUAAUUUUUCCUGAGGAAGAAGAACAUCUUGCUGCAGCCGAGGAUGGAGGCAACGAGGAGCGACUCCUAGCACAGAAAGUUCAAAGUCGCCAUGAAGUAAUCCUUUACAGGGAUGAAUUUGUUGUGCUUCACUUCAACAUUGAUGAGUGAUGAGACACCAGUGUCAUGACUGCUGAGAUUGGUGUUAUUCUCAUGU